AGCUGGUGAGUGUAUGUUACAGAAUCAACCUGAUGGAGCACUUAUUGGAUGAAUCAGAUUUCACCUGGCUUCGAGAGGUCAUGUUUUGGGCACAACCAAGCGCUUUUGUUAGUUAUACGCAACAUAAACUCGACAACACUCCAGCUUUUGAGAGUAACAAUACCAACAUAAAGAAAAGAAUGAGAGAGUUCUUGAUCAGUACUACUGUUUCUACUAGUAGUGCACAAAGAAACGAGGUUUUGGAAGAAACACGGUCUAGACAACACGUUUUGAAGGAGAGAAUGAGAAGAGAGGAGCAGAGACACAAUUACAUGCGCUUGCAUUCUAUGCUGCCCUCUCGAACCAAGACGGAUAAACUUUCAAUAACAGUAACAGCAGCACGAGAGGUUGAGGGAUUGAAGAAGCGGAGAGAAGAGUUGAAAAGGCACAACAGUGAGAUGAAUAAGAUGUUGAGAGCAAGAGAAGGCAGUAGUGAUCAGGGAUCAGAAAUGGAGGAAGCAAAGAUAAGAAUAAAUGUGGAACAUCCUUCAUCUGGUAUUGAUUCAAUGCUGGAGGUUCUAAAAUGUCUGAAACAGACUGAUUCUAGUACCAGACUCGUCCAAUCCCAGUUCUUACCUCAACAAUUUUCUGCGGUGCUGGGAGUUGAAACCAAGGUAAAAAUCAUAUUAAUCCAGAAUCAUUUACAUAAAAAAAUUAUUGAUGAGGCUAAAAUUUGGUUGAUUUUUAUUACAUUUCUAUAGAUGGUUAUAUGGUUACAUAAAAUAAAUAGAUAGAGUAAAACCACAACUAGGUUCAAAACUAUUCUAAAAUAUUUGGUCAAAUAGUUGAGCCUGAGCUUUUCCAUUUUUCCUUUUUUCAGUAUCU